AUGUCUUCAUCCAGCAUCGCAGAGCUCCUGCUGCCUCUCCAGGCCGGACAGAGUCCCCCCAAAGCCCAGAAGCCGGCCUGGCACCUCCGGCAUCCUCUGUUUGCCAGGUUCAUCGCGCUCCUCCGGGGCACCGAGGCAUGGAUGCCUGUGCUCUACCUGCUGGUCUACAUGUCUGCUACUGACAGCUGCUGGAAGCUGGCCGCACAAAUCCUGCGGCAGACGGGAACAGACCUGACUGCCCUGGCACAGCGCUCCUCCGUGCAACUUGUGAAAUCAAGAGAAUUUGACCUUUAUGUUUUAUAUUGUCCUCUGAAACCGUUAACACCUCACGUGGACACGUUGGCAAGUUUGCUAUGGAACACGUACGACAGAUCGAUCGUGGUGGACGGAGAAGAAGCAUCGCUCGUGGUGUUCGAUAUCUGGGAGCAGGAUGACAGCCAAUGGCUUCAGAAUCACUGCAUGAAAAUGGGAGAUGCCUAUAUUAUUGUGUAUUCAGUGACAGACAAAGUUAGUUUUGAAAAGGCGUCUGAGCUAAGAAUCCAGCUAAGAAGAGCAAGGCAAACAGAAGACAUUCCCAUUAUUCUUGUGGGCAAUAAAAGCGACCUGGUCAGGUCCCGGGAAGUCUCAGUUGAUGAGGGACGGGCCUGUGCCGUUGUGUUUGACUGCAAAUUCAUCGAGACCUCAGCUGCUCUUCAUCAUAAUGUCAAGGACCUGUUUGAAGGUAUUGUUCGGCAAAUUAGACUUCGCAAAGACAGUAAAGAAGACAAUGCUAGGAGAAUGGCCAACACAAAAAGAAGAGAAAGCAUAGGCAAAAAGGCAAAGCGAUUCCUUGGGAGAAUUGUGGCAAAGAACAAUAAGAAGAUGGCUUUCAAAGCAAAAUCAAAGUCUUGUCACGACUUAUCUGUGCUUUAGAAGCUUUCAGCAAGGCCAGAUGUUGCUCGUGGGUGAUGAACAAGCACUGUUACGAGAAAUGUAUGGAUGAUCCUCAUGGUGAUAACAAGAAUGACUUACCAGUUGAGACUCUCGUUAAUGCCUUAAGGUGCACAAGCAAGUCUGGAAGUUACACUGUCUGCUUCAUUGAUGAACAGUUUAAGUUUCAAUGUGUGCAAGUAUAUGAGCUGACUCUAAAUAAGUGGCUUGACAUGCCCACGUUUUCACUGUGUACAUAUGUUAUAUAUCCUCUUGUCCUGUGGAUACCAGAGAUGCAAAGAUAAGAAAGGAUGAUGAUAAGUAUCACCAUAGACUUGUCUUGUUUGCAGAGCAAAACUUAAACUUGUACGCAGGCUCGUACACUCUUUUUAGUAUAAAACAAGCAAUGAUAAACCUUUUUAAACUUAAAUGUGGGGAGGGGGGGAGUACAACCACGUUAGAAUGGGAGAAAGCAAAUUAUAUAUAUAUAUAGUUAAAUACAGAACUGAUAGCAUUUUAUGAAGUUAAUUUGCACUUCCAUUAACCAUUAUUCAAUUAAUUUGUUAUUUGUUUACAUGCAGAUUUUAUAAUAAAGUAUUAUUUCCUGUUAUAAUAAA